AUGCAAGUCCCAAUACCACACCACCGAAAGCGUAAACGGCGGCGUCAGGAUAAGUCGGCGAUAUCUGCAAGGCUGGUUUUGGACGAUCAUGUGAAAGGGGACGUGGGAAUCUUGUCGGAAGACCUAUUUGCAGAUUUGUUUCCUGCCACAGCACAAGGCCCGGAAAAUGGGAACGGAAAUAUAUCAUCCAAUACCCCCGAAUUCCACCAUGUUGCAAUCUGCCCGUGGAGCCCUUCGACUGCCGUCGAAGACUCAACGUGGACCGUCGUACCGGUUAGACCUUCGACCGCCCUCGCGCAUUCAACAGUGCAGUUUUCUCCUUCUUCCAUAGCUCUCCAAGGCUUCGCCGAGGCUCUGGGAAAAGUCGCUCCUUCAAAGAUAUCAAGCCAUAGCCGGAGUGGGAUUGAGAUAAGAGUUUUGGAUGUGGUUCCGUUACCCUUAGAGUCUGUUUUUGUGACAAUUGAAAGAGAGCUGGCUCAGCGCUUGGAGAAUGGCGAAGGGGUAUUCCAUGGAGAACAUGCCCGUACAAAUGGCUCCCUGAACGGGAAAUCACCGUCAAUUGUACCUGAAGAUCGAUUGCCGUCUGCGAUUCGAGAGGCGCUGGGAGCACUGAAGGUCGUCCAUACCGGGGACUUGUUCUCAUUACCUUUGCCUCCACAUCCCAUCACCCAUGUCCCUCCUCCACCGGCCCAAGUUACACUGUGCGAACCGGUAGGGCAAGGAGUAUUGAGGCCUUCCACCAAAAUCAUCAUUACUCAAACGGGCCAUCACGUUAAAAGUUCCCGGAAAGUGCAACCACUGCCUGGGGACCGUGUUCUAAACGUGGCCGAGGAGGAUGACGAUACAACUAAUGAUCAGUUCUACUCGGCAGCUGAAGACCGGUAUAGAACUGAUGCUACAGUGGAAGAUGCGGAAUCGGCAACCGAAACCGAGACUGAAGCAUCAGGUGCAGAGAAUGAUGAUGAUCUAUCAGACGAUUCUAUGGAUGAUAUGAUCUCGUUGCAAGCACCCAUGCUACCGGCUCACAAUGCCAGUGGGGUAUCUACUAUCCAACCAGGGACUCCGCAUACUAUUGGACUCGGACUUGGACGCAAGACGAAUGGAAUCAACAGUCCUGGAUCUGUUUUCUCAACUUUUACUGCAACAACCGCUCGUGCGGGCGGUCAACGAGGACGUCUCUUCAAGGCGCAGGGGCUUGUGAAACCCCUUCCUGCAGAGAUCUUGCACCCGAAACCAAAUAGUGAUGAUGAUGAGGAGGCUCGAGUAUUUGUUGAUAUUAGUUCAUUAACAAAGAUCGGAUGUUUCUCGGGAGACUGGGUUCGACUUGAGGCUGCUGCAGAGCCACCAGCGAAUGGCGUAGGUCUUUGGGGACUGGGAAGCUUUGGUGUAGCUGAACAAGAGGAGUCAGUAUGGCGGCCGGUCAAAGUCUUCGGUCUACCUGAAAGCUACUCUCAUCGUCCAGUCACCAAAAUCCCGAGCGGCAAACAGCAGGACGGAAGGCGAAUGUCUUUCUUUGAAUCCCAAAUUCAGAAGCCUUCCAGUCCUACUGUUUACUUAUCGCCGAUUUUACUUGCAAAUAUGGAUAAUACUCCGUACUGCAGACUUUCUCCCCUAAAGCGAGCUCCCCUGCCAAUAAAAGGAUCGCAACCGAAGAUUACAAGCUCCUCCCAGCCGCCAUUUGUGCGGGAACUCACCUUACACAAGAUUUCGACACCUUUUUCGACAGAGCGCCCACUGCAAAAUGCUCUCUUCAUGGGAUUGAAGAAACACUUUGCGAGUCGCACCCGAAUCGUCCGGAAAGGAGAUUUAGUGGCAAUCCCAGUUGACGAAGAUCUUGGUCGGACGUUAUACCAGCCUGCAGCAGCUGAAGACUUGGAAACAGAUGAGAUGUUGUUAGACACAGUUCUUGAUGACCGUAGACCAGCAAAGCCUGGAAAGCCUAGUGGCGUUGGUUGGUUCAGGAUUGACUAUAUUGGUCUAAGUAAAGAUAAUCAGGAGGAUACUGAUGGCGAUGAUAUCUGGGGCGGAGUUGCAUCCGUUAAUGCAUCAGCAACCCACAUGAUACAGUCUGGUAGCGAAAACAGUCGACUGCCUGCGACAAUGGACAAUCCUUGGGAAUACUAUCUUGGAUUGAAGUCUAUCUCUAGAUCGGAAACGGAUUCCACGUCCUUGCCCGAGCUGAAGAAACACCACGUCACGACUCUUCAACGACGUCUGCGAGAAUUGAUCGCAGCUGCGACGAGUCCUCGAGCGAUACAUCUACAGUUACAACCCCUUGCUAUCCUCCUAAUAUCCUCGCAACGAAACAUUGGGAAAGCCACACUGGCAAACCAAGCAUGUGCUGACAUCGGUCUCCACACAUUUAAGAUUGACGCUUAUGAUAUCUUGAGUGAGGGGGGAGCUGGGAGCGAUGUUAGAACGGCUGGUCUUCUCGAGGCUCGUGCCGAGAGAGCAAUGGCUUGCGGGCCCGAGUUUUGUGCUCUUCUUAUCCGCCAUAUCGAGGCCUUGACGGCAGACCGAAUGGUUACGACGUUGAAAGGAAUCCAAAGUAGAGUACGAGUGCUAAUAGCGACGACAACUGAAGUUGGCAAAAUCCCAGAUGCUGUGAGAGGAUUGUUCACUCAUGAGCUUGAGAUGAGUGCUCCCGAUGAAUGGGAACGAGAAGGCAUACUUAGGAGUAUUGUCGACAAUCAGCCUAUACCACUGGCUCCGGAUGUGGAUCUCAGUGGAGUAGCAGUAAAGACAGCGGCUCUUGUUGCUGGUGACCUGGUUGACGUCGUCGAUCGUGCUAUCGUUGCCCGGAAUUCACGUCUCGAGUCUCUGGCGUCUGCUUCUUCUAAUGUGGAAACACUGGUCACAGUCCGCGACAUUCUGGUUGCUGGCGGUUCCUCAGGUCGUUGCCUCACAAAAGCAGAUUUCGACCUUGCUGUCGAGGCGGCCCGCAAGAAUUUCGCCGACGCGAUUGGUGCCCCCAAGAUUCCAAAUGUCACAUGGGAUGAUGUCGGUGGUCUCGCCAACGUCAAAGAUGCCGUUAUGGAGACCAUCCAAUUACCCCUCGAAAGGCCAGAGCUGUUUUCAAAGGGCAUGAAGAAACGCUCUGGUAUUUUGUUCUAUGGACCUCCCGGAACGGGGAAGACGCUUCUUGCUAAAGCCAUUGCCACUGAAUUUAGCUUAAAUUUCUUCAGUGUGAAAGGACCCGAGCUCCUGAAUAUGUACAUAGGUGAGUCCGAGGCCAAUGUCCGUCGCGUCUUCCAACGCGCACGAGAUGCCCGGCCCUGCGUUGUCUUUUUCGACGAACUCGAUUCAGUCGCGCCGAAACGAGGCAACCAAGGAGACUCUGGGGGAGUCAUGGACCGCAUUGUCUCCCAACUUCUAGCCGAAUUGGAUGGCAUGUCAGAUGGCGGAGACGGAGGUGGAGGCGUGUUUGUUAUCGGGGCCACGAACAGACCAGAUUUGCUAGAUGCAGCACUCCUACGGCCGGGAAGGUUUGAUAAGAUGCUGUAUUUGGGUGUCAGCGAUACGCAUGAGAAGCAGUUGACUAUUAUGGAGGCAUUGACACGGAAGUUUACCCUCUCUCCUAACCUCUCUCUGGCGCGGAUCGCGUCUAGGCUUCCCUUCACCUACACUGGAGCCGACUUCUACGCGCUCUGCUCAGAUGCCAUGCUCAAAGCUGUAACACGGCAGGCCUCACUCGUCGACUCUAAAAUCGCCGCCAUAAACUCCCAGAACCUAGCAUCUGGGAAACCCAAAAUUAGCACGGCAUACUUCUUCGACCACUAUGCGACGAAGGAAGACAUCGCUGUUCUUGUAGAAGAGGAGGAUUUUGUGAACGCAGAAAGGGAACUCGUACCGAGUGUUAGUGUUAAGGAGUUAGAGCACUACAAAAGAGUUAGAGCGCAGUUCGAGAAAGCUGAGGAUGACAAUGGGCAGGGAGAAGGGAAUGGCAAAGGUGCUGUACCUCAAACUGACGGCAUCCCGCAAUGGCAGCAGGAGGGGAGCAAGACGAAGAGUAAUGGCAAAGGCAAAGGCAAAGCAGUGGACAGGAAAGGGAAGGGCAAGUCAACGGGGACAUGGGAUGAGGAGGACGAUGAUGAGUCUUAUACCAGCGGCAUGACUAACGGGCGGGAUAAGGGGAAGGGGAAAGCGGUCGAUAUGAGCUUUCAGCAAGGCAGUGUCGAUGAUGAUGAAGAGCUGUAUUGA